CAACGGGGCUUCUGAUUUUAAUAAUUUGAAAAGAAGAUGAAGUGUCUCCUGUGCCUGUGUUUACUCCUAGCUGUUCUUUGUGCUGUAACCCAUUGCUGCCCUGAAGACAUUUGCCAUGAAGUCAACAAUACUAAUCUGCAGGAUGGAAGAGAAAAUUUAUUAACAUAUAGCUGUGACAAGAAAGGCUCUAACUAUGCAGAUUUUGUAUUUAGGUUUUACAAGCAGGUUUCAUCAAAAGAAGCUGAUAAAAAUGUGUUCUUUUCUCCUGUGAGCAUCUCCACUGCCUUUGCCAUGCUGGCUGCUGGUGCUAAAUCAACCACGCUCUCUCAGAUUUUUGAAGGACUGGGCUUUGACAACCUGACUGAGACUCACAUAAAUGAUGUACAUGAAAGUUUUCACAAACUUCUGUCAGUACUGAACUGUGCUGAUGUUAAUAUCACAUUAAAUAUAGGGAAUGCCCUUUUUACAGCUACUGGAUAUGAACCACAGGAAUCAUUUUUAAAAAAUACCAAAGAAUUCUAUGAUGCAGAUUUUUUCUCCAGUGAUUUUCAUAAACCAGAAGAAGCUACAAAGCAAAUCAAUAAAUAUGUAGAGGAAAAAACCAAGGGGAAAAUUCCUGAAUUAGUUGGUCAUCUUGAUCCAAGUACUGUACUGGUUCUUGUUAACUAUAUUUACUUUAAAGCUGCCUGGGAAAAGUCUUUCGAUCCUUUGCGUACAUAUGAGGAUGAUUUUUUUGUGAACCCAAAUGCAUCUGUUAGAGUCAACAUGAUGCAGCAUGAUGGUAUCUCAAAUGUUUACUAUGACCAGGAUCUCUCCUGUGUGGUGGUAGAGCUGCCUUACCAGGGCACUGCACGAGCAUUGCUUAUUCUGCCUGAUGAUGGAAAGAUGAAGCAAGUGGAAGAUGCUCUCUCCAAGGAAACGGUUUGUAAAUGGGAUAGCAAACUUGUGACCAGGAGAUUAAAUCUGCAGUUACCAAAGUUUUCUAUUAGUGGGUCUUACGAUGUUAAAACCCUGUUUGAGCAAAUGGGCAUUACUGAAGUGUUCUCAGUUAAUGCUGAUCUGUCUGGAAUUAGUGGCAACCACAAUCUCCAACUUUCACAAGCAAUUCACAAGGCCUUGCUGGAAGUUGAUGAGGCUGGAGCUGAAGCUGCAGGAGCCACUGCCAUAAUCUUUACCAGAAUUUCCUCUACUUCUCGUACCAUCAAAUUCAACAGGCCCUUCCUUAUUUUGAUCUCUGACAAACAAACUGGCACCACACUUUUCAUGGGGAAAAUUGUUGAUCCUACUAAGAAGUAAUAGCUGGGUUAUUUGGCACACUGAUAUUGGGUAUGGAUUAUAAUGGCUACAGUGUUUGCAGUUUUGGGCUAGGUAGUGCUGCUAACUAGUCUCUGAUUGAUGGAUAUUCAGAAGUAAAUGAGAAAUUUUCUUACCAAAUUAGUAAGAAAUAAACAUUGGAAAAAAUCACCUUCAACUGAUACUUUUAAAAUGUAACGUUUUCCCCAGUUCAAUAAUUGUAUUGGGUUUGCGUGACAAGGUUUUGGUAGUGGGGGCCUGUGGGGGGGCUAUAGGGGUGACUUCACUAAGAAGCUGCCAGAAGCUUCCCCCAUAUCAGACAGAGCCACUGCCAGCUAGCUCCAAGAUGGAUCUGCUGCUGCUGAAGGCUGAGCCAAUCAGGAAUGAUAGUAAAACCUCUGUGGUAACACAUUUGAGAAGACAAUAAAGUUAUUUUGCAGAAGUAAUUGAGGCCAAAGGAGUGCAGACUGAGAAUAAAUGAUAGAAAUCAUCCUCCAGACACCAAGGUCAGUGAAGAACUGUGGGAGGAGGUGCUUCAGGUGCCAAAGCAAAGAGCCAUCUGCAGGCUGUGGUGCAGACCAUGGUGAGCAGGCUGUCACCAUGCAGCCCACGGAGGUCCAGGGGAGAGCUGAGAUCCACCUACAGCCCAUGGAGGAGGCCCACUCAGGAGGAGGUGGAUGUCCAAAAGAAGGUUGUGACCCCAUGGGAAACCCACACUGGAGCAGACUCCUGGCAGGACCUGUAGACCCAUGAAGAGAUGAAGAGAGGAGCCCACUCUAGAGCAGGUUUGCUGCCUGGAUUUGUGACCAUGUGGGGGACCCGUGCUGGAGCAGCCUGUGCCUGAAGGACUGCAGCCUGUGGAAGGAACCCACAACGGAGCAGUUCAUAAAAAACUGUAGUCCAUGGGAAGGACUCACACUGGAGAAGUUUGUGGAGGACUGUCUCCUGUGUGAGGGACCCCAUGCUGGAGCAGGGAAAAGACUCCUCUCCCUGAGGAGGGAGCAGCAGCAGAACCAUGUGAUGAACUGCCUUAUUGCCCUUCUCCCUGAGCGGGGGCAAAGGUGUUUUUUAAAUUUGCUUUACUUCUCAUUAUCCUGCUCUGGUUUUGAUUGGUAAUAAAUUCAAUUACUUUCUCCAAGUCAAAUCUAUUUUGCCUGUGACAGUAAUCAGUUUGUGAUCACUCCCUAUCCUUAUCUCGACUCAUGAACCUUUCAUUUUAUUUUCUCUGCGUUUUUCAGUUGAGGAAAGGAGUGAUGGAAUGACUUUAGUGGGCAUUUGUCAUUCAACCAGAGUAAAACCACCACAACAAUUCAACUUAUUCAUGCAUAUUCCAAAUUUUCCAUGGAAGAUAACUUUUUCUUAAGUAUGUUGUUAUAUUUAAAAAUGAAUUAUCUCUGCUAAG